GCAGGACAACCCACACAACAAGGCGAUGAUAAUGAUGACCCGCGUGGCUGCGUCUGCGAUGGUGGUGGUGGUGGUAGUUGUGGCGGUGUUCGGGCCCGCUGCCGCCACGCCAUCUCCGGAUGCAGAAGCUGUCGCCGCUGCCGAGCCCUGCUGUGGCCGAGGUGCUGCCGGGGCGUUGGGCUUCGUCGGGGGCUUCGUGAUUGGCCGCUCUGUGGGUCACCGCCACCACCACCAUCACGGCUGUGGCGGCUGCGGUGGCGGAUGGUGUGGCGGCUGCGGCAGGAGGAGGAGGAGUUUGGACGAAGUUAUGGGCACUGAAAAGCUCGAGAAAGUGUACUGGCAGAUCGCCUCCAAGGACAAGGACCAGUGCGGGCUGCGGCUUGUGUGCGAGUUGGCUCAGAAGGACCAGCGAGAUCUGACUGACAGCGAAAUCACAGUCCUGCUGCCAUACUGGGGUCUUGAGGAAAGCGACGAGAAGAGCUACUACGGGCGGUACGACAAGGCGGUGUGGCACGGGCAGCAAGGCACCUCCUGCAAGGAGCUCUUCCCGAGGUGCAUCUACUCUGCGGUUCAGAUGAUGACCGAUUUCUCGCCUGACUCUACCGGCCUCGUCCUCUGAGGUGGAAACACCGCACAAUUCACCAGUCUUCUUGUCAUCUCUUAAACAUUUCGGCCACUUUAAAAAAAAACACUUUCAACAGACUUUUCUCGGCGUCAUUAGGUUUUCACUGGUGUUGUCAUGAUCCUUGUGAUGGACAAAUAUUUUGCGUCAUUAAGAAAAUUACCCAUGAGAAGCCAAUUUAUCAUGAAAAUACUUCUUAGGAGACCACGGGGAGUUUCAAAAUAUGGUCCAUCUUUAAAGUUUGUUAGAGUAUUUUAGUUAAUAAAAUUACCUUGCUCUUAA